GUUACGUGUUAAGCAUGCGAUAUCGUGGCGAGCGAGCGGCGACCUUCGCGUAGUGCCUCUUCUCAGCAGCCUUUACCUCGCGUACGCACGAGACGAGAUGUGUUGAUAGACGCCGCCAAUUCCCACGUAUAUAAAUUCAACGCCGACGGCGUUUACGUUCAGGAAGAUGCCAUCCGAAGCAGAUGCCAUGGGCAGUAUUUCUAAGGAAGAGGAAGACACUGACAAAUCUAUCGAGCAAUCUAUAACAUUGAUGACUUUAAAUUCAACAAAUCAAGAAUCAAGUAUAUCCACAAAACAUGUAGACACUCAUGUAACAAAUGCAAAUAGCGAUAGGAUAUCCAUGUCAGAGAUCAGAACCAAAUUCUUAAACUCGACUGAAGACGCAGGAUCGACAACGAGUGAUAGCUCCGCAACAACAAAUGACUUGCUUGAAACAGAGAAUCUAUGUCCCUUGGAUAAAACAACAGAUACAUCGGUAGUGGUUAAACAAACUGAAGAAAGUGACGAUGAUGCAGGUACUACAUGCAACAAUACGAUACAAAAUUCGAAUAAAAAAUCAAUUUUUCUUGCUCAUAGAAACCUGUCCAGAAAGAAAUGCUUGUUAGCAGAAAAUAUCUCUGAAAUUCAUCAUAAUACUUUAGAAUUAGCAGCCUGUCCUAGUAAUAUUGUGGAUGGGAAAGCUUAUGAUCCUGAAAAGAAUCGCAAUGUAGUUGUUAACGUAGAAGGAGACAAGCAUGAAUCAAGUGCGGGAAAUUUGUGUAAUAAUAAUAUUGACACCUCGGAUACUAGGCAUAAAUCAAUCGAAGAGACGAUACACUCGCGCACUUGCAAAGAGUCUUUAAAAGACAAUGAUUCUGCUACAGGCCAUAUCAGUUUUGCAAAUACAUUAUUAAAAACGUCUAGCGAUGACGAUAAAGAUUGCAAUGUAGAUGAUAGUAGCUUGUCGACAGAUGGAUUAACAUCUCUGUCUUUAGAUACGUCCAAAGAAUCGUCAAAUUUGCACAGUGCAACCUCGUCGAAUCACAGUGACGCAAUUAACAAUUCGAAAGUGUCUUUAAGUCUAUUAGACAAUAAUAAUAAAAAUUCACUCGAAAAUGUAAUUGACGAAAAUGAAUUACCCAACACGUCUGAACAUAUUUCUGAAGAGAUGUCGCAAGAUAUGAGACGUACUUCAUGUUACGAUGAUUCCGCAAGUACAAGUAAGCCGUUUAAACUGCCAAUUUUAGAAAAAAUGCCUAAAACUGCCAAUGUUCAACAAUCUGAAGUCGAAGAAAAUGCAGUGGCGCUUUUGGACUCAUCAUUUAUCAGACAAAAUCAAUUGGAAGGAGUUCGUUGCCUGGAUUUGGAGCCUCGUUCAUCGAAUAGUAGCGAGGAAAGUAAUUCAGAUAUAGAAUCACAACAUGCAAGUACAAGUAAUAGCGAUGUCAAAAAGAGGCAAUGCAGACCCAAUGGCGUUGUAACAAAAGAAGGAGCGGAAUAUUAUCAGUUGUGGCGUAGCACAGGAGGUCGCUCGUCUCCCAAAUCUUUAUACGAAACUCUCUAUCCAAUACCACCACCGCUUCCUCCAAGGACAGCGCAUCGACCGUUACAUAGAAGUAACGCUUUACCAAGCGGCGCGCCAGAGUUACCUAAACGACAUCAGAGGCAUCCUACACCAUUGCAUCCUGAGGAUUGUUUUGGAUUCGAGAUUGUAGACGUUGACGAAGCCUCAAACCUUAAGUUACGGACAGCGGUUACAAAAAGUAUCGCGUUAUUAAGUUCCCCAAGAUCGCACAGACAACGAGAAAGACCAGAAUUGACAAAUUGCAUGGCUAACCAGCUAGAGUGCCCACCCACACCCACGCAUCGACCCAAACCUUUAUGCCCAUUGCCAAUAUGCCAAACGUCAAACGUAUCUUUAUCUUCGGAAGAACCUUUGCCUCCGUCAUGGGAAGCGAGAAUAGACAGCCACGGUCGAGUGUUUUAUAUAGAUCACAUCAACCGCACUACAACGUGGCAGAGACCGAGUCUGACAACACGUAAUACCGGUUGCGAUUUACGAAGACAGCAAUUAGAUAGACGUUAUCAAAGUGUGCGACGAACUAUCUCGCGCCCUGACAACAUAGAUCGCGAAGCUAACAGUUCAAAUGGCAAUUCCUUCGACGGUGCCGAGCGGCAAAGUGAGCGUACUGACAGGGGCGAAUCUGAACCGUUCGAUAUUACCACGAUACCACCGGUGUUAUUCCUAACGCGACCCGAUUUCUUUACCGUGUUGCACACAAACGCGGACGCCAUGGAGGUAUAUAAUCGUAAUCCAAGCUUAAAACAUAUGAUCAAUAGAGUUAGGAGGGAUCCGAUAGUAUUUCCAAGAUACGAGCACAACAGAGAUUUAGUUGCCUUAAUUAAUGUCUUUGCUGAUCCGAGCAAGGAACUUCCAAGAGGGUACGAAUCAAAGCUCGAUAGGACAGGCAAAAGAUUCUUUAUAUGCCAUGCUAGAAAAGCGACAUCAUUUGUUGAUCCACGAUUACCUACGGAAGCUGCUCACAUACGAACGCUGCUGGACGAAGCCCCCGUUCCACCGCCUAGGCCACAGCAGGCGUCUGUAACUGCUACUCCCGACAUACCUGUGGCCUACAACGACAAAGUAGUCGCUUUCCUACGUCAGCCUAAUAUAAUGGAUAUUCUAAAGGAAAGGCAUUCUGCGUUGGGACAGAAUAUUGCACUUCGAGAGAAAGUUAAUACUAUAAGGGUCGAAGGAACUGCAGCAUUACAAAGAUGGGGCCACGAUGUCCCUUUAGCGUUACUGUUAAGUUUGUUCGAGCAAGAAAUAAUGUCCUAUGUACCUGGUAGUAUGGGCAGAUCUCCACUCGGCAGCCCACAUGCGUCACCUGGAUUGACAAGAGCUUCUGCCAGAGCUCCAGCACCGUAUAGGAGAGAUUUUGAAGCGAAACUUCGUACUUUUUAUCGAAAACUGGAAAGCAAAGGUUACGGACAAGGGCCGGGUAAAUUAAAAUUACACAUCAGGAGAGAACAUUUACUCGAAGAUGCUUUUACACGUAUAAUGGCCGCGUCAAAAAAGGAUCUGCAGAAAGGUAAACUAGUAGUCAUCUUCGAUCAUGAAGAAGGAUUGGAUUACGGUGGACCGUCCCGAGAAUUUUUCUUUCAUUUAUCACGCGAAUUGUUCAAUCCUUAUUACGGAUUGUUUGAAUAUUCAGCUAAUGAUACUUACACGGUACAAAUCUCGCCGAUGUCAGCUUUUGUAGACAAUUAUCAUGAUUGGUUCAGAUUUUCCGGCAGAGUUCUGGGAUUAGCAUUGGUCCACCAGUAUUUGCUCGAUGCAUUUUUCACAAGACCAUUUUACAAGGCGCUUUUGAGGAUACCGGCAAGCUUAAGCGAUCUGGAAAGUUUAGAUCAGGAAUUUCAUCAGAGUUUAAUGUGGAUCAAGGAAAAAGAUAUAAGUAUCGAACCGUUAGAAUUAACUUUUUCAGUAACGGAGGAACUCUUGGGGCGAGUCGCCGAACGCGAAUUAAAGCCAGGCGGGAGAAAUAUCGCGGUUAGAAAAAAUAAAAAAGAAUAUCUCGAGAGAGUGGUACGUUGGCGUCUCGAACGUGGCGUCGCAGAACAAACGGAGUCGUUGGUUCGUGGCUUCUAUGAGGUGGUAGAUCCGCGUUUAGUGUCCGUUUUCGAUGCCCGGGAAUUGGAAUUGGUUAUUGCUGGUGCAGCUGAAAUCGAUCUGAACGAUUGGCGAACGCACACUGAGUACAGAAGCGGCUAUCACGACGCGCAUCCGGUAGUAGAAUGGUUCUGGAGCAGUAUAAGCCGAUUCACUAACGAACAACGUCUAAGAUUAUUGCAAUUUGUCACCGGUACUUCGAGUAUUCCAUAUGAGGGAUUUGCGGCUCUGCGUGGAUCCACAGGACCAAGAAAAUUCUGCAUUGAAAAAUGGGGAAGACCAAACAGUUUGCCGAGAGCUCAUACAUGCUUUAAUCGUUUGGAUCUUCCGCCUUAUCCCACGCCCGAGAUUUUAUACGAAAAGCUGCUGUUGGCUGUAGAAGAAACAAAUACGUUCGGUAUAGAAUAAAAUGAUGAAUUCGGUUUGUAAUUAUAAAUUUGUACAAUUGAUAGAACUAUAACGGGUUACAUUUUCAG